AUGCGGAUACUCAUAUACCUCUUUAUCAUAUGGUCUUCGCUGCGAACAUUGGCUGCUGCUUCAAAUCUUACAGUGGCGGUCGAGGGUGUUGCGAGUGAGACAGUUUCAACAGCAGUCUGGCCUACGAUGUCCCCUCAAAUGACAGUGGCCUUUAGGUCUCAAAGAGACGUUAUGGGGAACUUGACUAUUGACCAGUUACCAUAUGUAGGUCUGAACCUGCGGCGGGUCUUAUUAAAUAACGAAACCAACAUGGUUAACGACGGUAAUAAUACAAGAUUAUUUACUAUGUUCAAGUCUAUGCUAGGCUCGGAGGCAAACGCUUUUGUUCUGGACUUGGAACAGCAUAAUAAUGAGUUGACAGUGCCAGAUUCUACAUUGCUAUUUAGUGAUCUGCUGACUGAAUUGCAAUCUUUCAUCUUCAGCACCCAAAACAACCUUUAUGCGAAUGUAAUUGUCUUACUAUUGAAUAUAUCCGCCCCUGCACUGACUUCUACGGAACGGGGAUAUCAGAACGAAACUCUAAACACUACUUUAAUACUAGACAAAAAUCUAGGAAGCACUUUCAUUUACAAACCUAUGGAUCUGCAAAGCGACAGAUCAAAGGGUAAUGCUUGGAAUAUUUAUGGAAAAUCAUCCAGUGAUGGCUGGCCGACUCUAGGGUCAGUGCUAUACGAACAAAAGAAAAGACUGGUUAUAGGAGAAUUGACCGACAUCUUUAAUGAAACCACCGCGCCUUAUAUUUUCCCAAAAGAUGUGUUUCAUUACGAGCAAGGGAAUGCCACAUUGGAUUGUCCCUCUAGCGUGGAUGGGCUUGCCAAUUUAUCGUCUAUUCAUUGGAGGUUCUUGGAUUCACGGUUCAAUUCUGCUGACAUCAAAGAGUACAUUUCUUGUGGCGUAUCGCCAAUAAUAAGCAAUCCAUCCUAUAUCAAUAAUGUGACGCAAUUGGCGGACAUAAUCCAUGAAGGCAGUGUUUGGUCAUGGGAUGUUAAUCAACCUUCGGUCACUAGUUCGACUUCCAAAUCUGGUGACCUUUCCGACACACUAGAAGCUUACAACUGUGUCCUCUUUCACUACUUUGCAAAUAAUGGGACAGCAACAUGGAGAGUGGAUAACUGCUACGAUUCCAAUGUUGGGCUUUGUAGAUAUGAAAAUAGGGCAUUUAAAUGGUUAGUGAGGUCAAACAAGGCGACUUACUUUGACUUUGAUAAUUAUCAGGGCUCGAAGUGCCCUGAUCAGUAUACAUUUAAUAUUCCGAGGACACCGUUGGAACAAAGAUCGUUGAUUUUCUAUCUGAGGAAUGCAUCCUUUCCUGAUACUAAAAUCUGGAUAGACUUGAACUCAAUAUCAGUGAGUAACUGCUGGGUGAGUGGCGGUCCAUAUGCAAGUUGCCCAUACGAAAAAGUUAUUUCCAGAAGGAAUUUCGUGACAAUGAUGGUUCCUGCAUCUGUCUGCUCCUUUGCCCUACUAUUCAUUGUUGUUUAUUUGAGCGUACUAAGGGUUCCUAUUUAUGAUAAUAGGAAAAAUUGGAGGAGAGUUAUCAACAAAAUUUCCAAAUCAGAAUUAGAAGGAGUGCCUUCUUGA